UUUACAGUGGUACAUAGAAUACUUUUUUCUCUACAAGCCAAUGUGUAAUUUAUAGGCCUACAGUGUAUUGCAUUGGGGGCAUUUAUUUAUCUUUGGGGGGAAAUGUAAAUGUCACUUAAAUAUGAGCAAAUAUGAAUCAUUGUUUAAUGUUUAGACAAUUAUAUUUCAUAUGUUAUGAUACAUGCAGGUUAAUUACAGUUUUCUACUAUUACGUGGGGGACUUUUAUUUAGACAUUUUCAAAUAUUCCCUCACCCGGAAGUACUUAGACGCUGAUAGUGAGUGACGAGAGGCUGUUUUAUUUUUGGACAGGGCAAAAACACAGUGGUUCUAAACCUGUAUUUGGUUAGAAUAUCACCUAAGGAGUUCGAACUUGUUUCAUCAUCCUUUGGCCAAAAGUAUUGUCUUCCCGUAGGACGUGGAGCGUAACGCACCGGAGUUCCGCGCCGCAAUAAAGGAGCCCUGGUGCAAAUGUUUAAGUCUUUUCAAGACUGUUUAUGAUCUGUGACCGUGAUGUUUGGUUGUUACGCGAACCAACGUAUACGUCUCGGACUUCUACGCUGGAGGUCUCUGGCAGCGUGUCCAAAUAACCUCCAAGACUCUUCCUUGUUGAUGCUGAAGGCGUUCUCGACCUCUCCCCCCUCUUCAACCAAGAACGAGGCGAGCAAACCCUUGAAGCAGUGGACUCUUGUUGUUAACCCCUUCAGCAAAGUACGGGUUCAGCUCCAAUGUAACAUCUCCGUACGACCUCUGGACCCGCACGCUUUCCCCGAGGCGAACCGGGCCUUCAUCACCAUUCAUGGCACCAGCGCAGAUCAAGCCGUCCAGCUAGACAACUUCCAGGUGCACUAUGAUGACCAAAACAGGGAACUGUCCAUCUUGUCCGAGGUCAAAAACAGCAACGUGUCAGUGGAGCUGACCGCUCCCAUCAAAAGCGACCUUUAUAUCACCACUCAAGGAGAGGGCAACGUGCAUGUCCAGAAGAUGGAGUGUGAUACCUGCAGGGUGCAGACAGAGAGGGGGAAUUGUGUGCUGCACUCAGUCAAGGGUCACCAGGUGCAGGUUCAGUCCCAGGGGGGCAACGUCACUGGGGUGGGAACCAUCCAUGGCAAUGUGGACAUCAGCACAUCUGGACACAGUGCGGUGAAUGUGAAGAAGAUCCAGGGUACUACUAUGAACGUGUCGACAGAACAUGGCCCUCUGAAACUGAAAGCCAUCUACGCUGAGUCCACCUCCAUAUCGUCCUCUUCAGGGAGGAUACAGCUGGGACACAUACAUGGCGAUGCCACAGUGCGGAAUGAGACUGGAGAUAUAAUUGUAGAUGGUUCUAACAAUGGCUACCUGAAGGUGUUGUCAAAGAGUGGAAACAUUGAUGCAUAUGUAGGCGACCGUGGCAGUGCAGAACUCCACUCUCAGCAAGGUGCAGUGUCUGUGCGUGUCCCCUCCUCUAUAAGAGCAGGAGUGCAGCUGUGCGGAAUGUCAGUAGAGAUCAGCCCAGAGAUAGUCCUUCAGCAAGCAGAGAGAGAUUUCAAAGAUAGCAUGACUACUGUCACUGGCCAUAUGAAUGGUCAACUCCAGGGUGACCAGUGGAUCAGGGCCCAGGCAGACAGAGGCUCCAUCACCCUGAAGGCACAGAGCUGGUUUGAGUCUCUGAAGCUGGGCAGCUGAGGCUUCACUGCUACGCCCCAUUCCAAAAAUGUCCUACCUACCUCCUCUCAACCUACUGAACUAUGUCCUCAGGGACAAGAAGUGUAGACAUAACUAUCUCAUUGGCUGUGACUGUUGGGCAGAGUCCAACCACAGUUGUCUUUCUCUGUUACUGCUGAGCUGACAUAGGAGAGGAGAAAAAAAAUAAGAGAAAGUUGCCAAUGUGGAACUGGGAGACAGAUCAGUGAUACGAUGAAAUGAAUCGCCCUCUGGGAGCCUUGACACAUGCAGAUGGAGAACCCCAUAUCUGGAGCAUUGACAACGGCUACUAGGCUUUAUUACGUGUCUAAAUGCAGUUGCAAAACAUGAUCGUGAUCAUGUUUUGCAACUGCAUUUAGACACGUAAUAAAGCCUGAUUGUGAUCAUGUUUUGCAACUGCAUUUAGACACGUAAUAAAGCCUGAUCGUGAUCAUGUUUUGCAACUGCAUUUAGACACGUAAUAAAGCAUGAUCGUGAUCAUGUUUUGCAACUGCAUUUAGACACGUAAUAAAGCAUGAUCGUGAUCAUGUUUUGCAACUGCAUUUAGACACGUAAUAAAGCAUGAUCGUGAUCAUGUUUUGCAACUGCAUUUAGACACGUAAUAAAGCCUGAUCGUGAUCAUGUUUUGCAACUGCAUUUAGACACGUAAUAAAGCAUGAUCGUGAUCAUGUUUUGCAACUGCAUUUAGACACGUAAUAAAGCCUGAUCGUGAUCAUGUUUUGUCAAUGCUCCAGAUAUGAUUUAAACGUGAUCAUGAAAUUCACCAAAAACUAUUGAUUAAGAACAGAAAUCAAUUAGAAUGUUUCUGCUUUAGCCAACUGUUGUCAUGAAAUGGCUCAAGCAUAAUUUUUUUCAAAUGUACCUUUAUUCAACUAGGCAAGUCUGUUAAGAACAAAUUCUUAUUUUCAAUGACGGCCUAGGCACAGUGGGUUAACUGCCUUGUCAGCUCGGGGAUUUAAACAUGAAACCUUUUGGUUACUAGUCCAAUGCUCUAGCCACUGGGCUACCCUGCCGCCCCAUGAAUCUAGUGGCAGCCAGGCUAGUUCAGUCAUUGGCUGUUUCUGAAUACCCGUGCUUGCGUUUUAAAUACAAUGCGAAAAUAGAAAGUUUGAUAGCAUGUGAAAUGUAAAUGUUUUAGCUUUUUUUUAAUGGCAGGAUGUAUAUUCAUUUAGGCUUUUCAUCGAGUAGAAUUCAUUACACACUAUUGAGGAAGAUAAUUGUCUUGUUUGUUAUGACAAACCAGGAGAACCUCACUCUUAAGACUUUCUGACCGUAGGGUUGAAACUGCAAAAUGUACAAAAUGUUUUGGGAUGCUUCGUAAAAGAAUGACAGUGUUUGUUGUUGCAUUUUAUUUUAAACUAUGCAUGGGGGGUUCAAUCUACUGUGAAUAAAAAAUACUGGGAAAAGUGUUGACAUGAACACUGACAAUGAAAUAAUUGAGGCAAUUUGGUUUUUUGAAUAUUAUUUCAUUGCAAAACUGUUUUGCUGUAUGAUGUAAAUGAAAUUCAAUAAUCUGUUGUAAUGCAUAUAAAAAAUCUAGAUCAUUUCUCCCACUCAGUUGAAAUGUUUUGAUGUAAAAGCUUUACAUGUAUAUAAUGCAUUGAUGUUCUGCUAAAAAUUCAACAUUUCCUAGCCUAAAAAUAAUCUGUUUUGUGGUUAUUCAUCUUUGGUAAUCCGAGUCAGGUGCUUGACAUUGAGUAAAAGGUGCAGUGAAUGGUAGGGAUUUGGUUUACCUUAAAUUGGUAGUUGGAAUGUAUAUAUAAACUGUAUAAACUCA